AUGAUUAAAUCAAAAAACUAAUAACUCUUAAAAGACUUAGAAGCAUUUCAAAAAUAACUUAAAUUAGCAUUACCAUCUAUUAUCAGUCAAGCUACCCAAGAUUUUACUCAUUAUUAAUAUUUCCAAAGCCUCUUCAAAGAUUCUAAACCUAAUAAUAUUCAAGAACUUUAUUCCCAAAGUCUUCUUAGACUUGAUCCUCAUGUUUCUAGAUAAUAACCACAAUUAGAAGAUCAUAUCUAAAUAAUAAAUGAUUUUAUCCAUAUUUAUUUUGAAACAAAUUUCUCAUCUUUAUAGAAAAUAAUUAUCCUUGAAAAAGAACUAAAAACUUAAAUUGAAUUAGAAGAUACAUAAAAAUAAAUAAAUUAAAAUUAACAAUUACUUUUACAUUAAUUCCUUUAAGGUAGAACUUAAGAAAUUGAAACAAUAAACAUGGAAUAGAUUUGUCAAAAUUUAAAGAGUAAAUACUAUCGAUAACCAUUAUAACCAUUUUGUGAUAGUUGUUUUUGUAGUAAUCAAUUUCAUUAUAAAUAAAUUAUCUAAUGUUAAAUAUGUGAAAAAUAUUUCCAUAUUAAUUGUUUAGAUAAAAGUUAUGAUGAAAAAUCAGUUAAUAAUUUUACUUGUCCAAGAUGUACUUUAUUUUAUAUUGAUUAAUUUUGUGAAGUUAUUACAACUAUUGUAGAUCCAUGUUCUUUUUAAAAAAAUGGAUUAACUAAUUCUAAAUUAAUUAAAUUUAAAACUGACUGUGAAAUGGUUGAUAUUAGAUGUAUAAGGUUAGAUUCUCCUUUGUCUGCCUAAGAAAUUACUUGGCCAGAUCUAGGUGAAAUAUAACUAAAUGGUUAAAAGAUUUUUGAUUUUAUUCCUUUAAGUUAAUAAAGCUGUUUACAUAAGAGGAAAGAUGAAAAACUCUUAUGUUCUAUUCCUAAAAAUGAAGAAUGUACUCUCAUCUUUAAAGAAACAAUACCAGGUAUAGAUUAAAAACGAAAGUUUAGAAUUAAAGGAGAAUAACUGUUUUAUUUUGCUAUUUAUAAAACUAAACAAUAUACUGCUAAAUAAUUAAUUGAUAGAAUUAUUGAUGAUCCAUAGAAUUGGAUGAGUUUAGAAUAAUCACGAGAUUUUACUAUUCUCUAAAUCAAUCAUAGUCCAGCAUUCAAAAUAAUUAAAUUACAUAUAUCAUUAUUGUGUUGUUUUAGUUCUUCGCUUAUAUUGACUCCAGUUAGAGGUAUUUAUUGCACUCAUGUGUAAUGUUUCUCUUUAGAAAAUUAUAUUCUCAUGCUAGAUUAAUAAUUACCAAGAAGAUGGAGAUGUCCUAUUUGUAAAGUUAAAAUAUUUAAAUUAUAAAUUGAUGCACUUUAAUAUGCCAUCUUAAAAUCAAUCAGGUAAUAAGAUUUACAAGAAAAAUAUUCAUGCAUCACAUUUGAUUUUUAGGCUAAUAUAUUAGAUGAAACUAUUUCCAAAUAUAUUGAUUAUAACAAUCUACCAGAAAUUGCCAAAUAAAACAAUAAUAGAAUACCUUAAUUAGAAAAAUUAAGUGGUUUCAAAUUUGAUGAUAAUCGUUAUGAAAAUUAAAGUAAUUCAAAAUCAAACAAUCCUAACUCUAUUGUUAUAAUAUAAUCAAGAAAAUUAUAAAUUUUAAAAAUUACUCUAAAUUUUUUUCUCACUUAUUAAAUAAGAUAUUAAUAUGGUUGA